UGAAGCAAAUCUACACACUCAUGUAAUAUUUCUCUGACAAUAAAAGUCGAUUUUCGCAACUACUGUUGCUGUCUGUAACCAACUGAAAUAUUGGUGCGAACCCUAGAGAUAUGGAUGCCAACGAAUCAGAUGGCUCACAGAGCGGUGGAUCUACACCACUUCAGGACGAACAUGACGAAUUAGAAGGUGGUGAACAGGCACAUUCUGACUCUGGGUCGGGACGAGAAGUUGGGUCGGAUGAAGAGCAAGUAGCUCACUCUGGUGCAGAAGAUUCCAACCAUGGUUCGGAUGACGAACAGAUGGACCACUCGGAUGGAGGAGACCGGGAACGUGAUUCUGGCAAUGAGAUGGAACCUGGAUCAGAUGAUGAACAUGUGGCUCACUCUGGAGGUGAACAGGAGUAUGAUCCUGAGGACCACGUGGCUUAUGAUAAUGGUGUAGCGUCGGAGAAUGAUGUUCAUAUGGAAUCUGGAGAUGAGGCACAGCCGUCAGGCGAUGAACAUGCACGUGACUCAGAUGAUGAACGUGUUCAUGAAUCAGAUAAUGAACGCGUGCUUAACUCAGAUGAUGAUCAUGCACGUGACUCAGAUGAUGAACGGGCACGUGACUCUGACGACGAACGGGCACGUGACUCUGAUGAUGAACGUGGCCGUGAUUCAGAUGAUGAACAAGAAGUUGAAAGAGCUCGAGAUUCCGAUGAUGAGCGUGAAGUGAAUUCUGGGGAUGAAGCCAUGGCUCGAGGUUCUGGUGACGAGAGAGCAGGUUCUGGGGAUGAGGGUCAAAGGUCAGAUCGAGAGUCUGGGGAUGAGGCUGGGGUGAAUUCUGAUGACGAAGGACAGCGGUCGGGUUCGGAGGCUGGGCAACAUUCCGGUGAUGAAGGGCACAGAUCAGGGAGUGAAGGAGAAAGAGGUUCAGAUGCCGAGGAGAUGCAGAGGUCUGGGUCUGAAGCCGAGGUUGAACAUUCUGGGAAUGAGGCAGAAUCGGGGGAUGAAGGUCACAGAUCAGAUAAUGAGGAUCGCAGGUCAGGUAGUGAGGGUCGUAGGUCAGGAAGUGAACGCGGCUCCGAUGCCGAGGGUGAGAGAGUGUCGGGAGACGAAGGACGUAGAUCUGGUGAUGAACCGAUGUCCGGUGAUGAAGCUCGAGGGUCAGGUGACGAAGCGAGACAGUCCGGAACUGAAGACGAAGACCAGGCUUCAGAUGUAGAGAGACGGGAUUCGGGUGAUGAAGCAGUGCAGCGGUCAGAUAUUGGGAGUCCAAGAUCUCCACCAGAGAGCCCGCAAAGUCCUGUAGCACCUCAGUAUUCUGGUGAUGAAGGGGCAGCAUCAGACGCAGAGGGACCAAGAAGUCCUAUCGGUAGCCCAGAUUAUGAGGCUCCGCGAAGUCCUGAUGAGGGUGAGGGAUCAGAUCGUGAGGCAGUGUCGGGAAGUGAGGGUCAACGGAGUCCACGAAGAUCAGGCAGUGAAGGUGGAGGGAGUCCACAAAGGUCAGGCAGUGAAGGUAGAGAGAGUCCGCAAAGGUCUGGCAGUGAAGGUAGAGGAAGUCCGCAAAGGUCUGGCAGUGAAGGUAGAGGGAGUCCACAAAGGUCUGGCAGUGAAGGUAGAGGGAGUCCACGAAGGUCAGGCAGUGAAGGCGAACGCAGUCCACGAAGGUCGGGAAGUGAAGGUGAACACAGUCCGAGAAGGUCAAGGUCGGGCAGCCCAGCUGGUUCUGGGGACGAGGCAAUGUCUGGUGCGGGAAGUGUCCAUUCGGGCGCAGGGAGUGACGAUGAGGAUGUACCUCAGCGGAGGAAACGGAAGCGCCUGGCCGAGUCUGAUGACGAAGGCAGUGAAAAGGGUUUAUUCGACGAUGAAGCUGAUGACAAAAGCGAUGGGGACAGCGAUAAAGAGUCGGCAGUUGGAGAACUCCUUGCGGAUAUUUUUGGAGAAAGUGAUGAAAGCGAUGAAGAAUUUGAGGGUUUUCGAGAGGCAGAUGUAGCAGCCCAGAAACAUCAGCUGGAGAAGGAGUCAGAUGACGAGGACAAUGAUGAGGAUAUGCCACCACCCGAGGCGGUCUUGCCCCAGAUGUCUGAUGAUGACGACGAUAUGGGCGUCGUUGAGGAUAGUGGCAUGAUCUUUGCGUCGGACUUUGACCAGAUGAUGGCCAAGAAGAAAGCGGAAAAUCAAGCAAAACGACGUAGGAGGCGAGAUGAAGGGGAGGCUAUCAACGACAGUGAUGACCUCAUCGCAGAUUUAAUCAAAAAGAUGAAAGAGGCAGCUGAGGAAGACAGAAUUUUGAAUGGCCAAAGAAGAGCAGCAACAAAAAAACUGAAAUUAUUGCCUUUAGUUUUGUCCCAGCUCCGGAAAGCUGAUCUCCAGAUUGCAUUUUUAGACUGUGGUAUUCUUAGUGCUAUAACGGAAUGGCUUGCUCCGCUUCCGGACAGAUCACUGCCCCAUCUUCAUAUCAGAGAAGGUCUACUCAAAAUAUUAGUCGAAUUUCCACCAAUCCACGGUGAUUACCUGAAAAGCAGUGGAAUAGGGAAAGCUGUCAUGUAUUUACAUAAACAUCCGAAAGAAGUUCGAAAUAAUAAAAGAUUUACAAACAAGCUCAUUCAUGAAUGGGCGCGACCGAUUUUCAGCUUGACGUCAAAUUAUAAAAAUCUCUCUCGGGAGGAAAGAGAGCAGAGAGAUUACGACCAGCUGCCGAAGAAACGACGGGUGAGCUCUGAGGGUGGGGCAACUCCAAGACAGGACAUGGAAAAAGCUCUAAAGGGGCAAGAAAAGGGUGCUAUACGGCCUGGUGAGAAGGGUUGGGUUGCGCGUGCACGAGUUCCACAGCCCUCGAACAAAGACUACGUUAUUCGACCAAAAUGGAAUACGGAUGAGGCGGAAGGGCCAAUAAAGAUGUCAAAGAAAAAGAAGCCGUCUCGCAUGGAUAAACACGUGAGAAAUUUCGCCGAGAUGAAAAAACAAUUAAAAUCACAACGUGCCGUUAAAAUCAGUAUCGAAGGAAACAAGAUGUCUUUAUAGUGUUUUGCAGCCUUUGAAAGGACUGGGUUUCUAUUUUUGAAGCAUUUGUGGGAUAUUCACGUCAGGAUUUUAGUCAAACGGAUAACCAGUGCAGACAGUGCAUGGUUUGUGUAGGUCAUUAUCAUCUCGGAAACCCGUGGGAAAUUUGUACAUGUAGUUGCUCAUCCAUGCAUGGAUUGUAUAUUCGUUAUUUGAGAAGUUCUAUUUUCUCAUGAUGGAAGUCAAUGGAAAAGUGUGGAUUCGUGGUCUUAUCUUUAUUUUCAGCAAGUGUAAAAGUUUGCAUUUCCUAUGUCAACAGUCUCUGUAGUUUAUGAGUCCACGCAGAUUCUUGAAUAAAGCAUUUUCCAAAGCUUCUCAUUCCAGAGCUUGAAAUGUCAAAGAAACGUUGAAAUCUUGAAAACGUGCCUGUAAAAACUUGAGAAAUUUUGACCACCUUAGGUGUAUGUACCCUUACAUUGGCAUGCCUGAUGAUCUUGCAUACCUAACCUGCUGAUGAAUCGAGGAAAGGUUUAGAGAAAAAUCUAAUCAGAGGUGCCGAUGAUUUACAAUUAUGAUGAGUACGCCUCCUGGAAAUACAUAUCUUAUCUGUACAUGUAGGUUUACUCAAAAAAUAUGAGGCUUGCUUUAUAUGUUUUGGUAAGUGCAGUAUGAACUUGAGCAUGGUUGUACAGAUGUCAAAUAUUUUGUGUAUUUUGUGACACGGAAAAGUCAUUCGCCAUCAAAUAUAUCUCCUGAGUAGUCUCAAGUUACUAGCAUUUUCUCAAAAGUUUAUGGGUGGUGGGGGGAGGGGGAUUCAUUGUGCUUAGAGAUGUUUAUAAGUUGCUUCAGCACACUCACAGGAGGGCUUCAGUUGAUUUGAGAAAAUGUUGCUAAUUUUGGAUUUUGUCCGCAGUAUUU